AUGGAUCGCAACGUUACCGCAGCAAAGACGGGAACAGGCAGCAACACGAUGGACAAGUCGCCUACACCUACAUUGGCCGACUACCAAGCGCAAUGGACCAAGAUUCACAAUGAUACCAUUCGCCAAAUCAAGCAGGCCCAAGAGGAAGAACGAAACGCACGCGUAACGAGUCGAGCGCGAUCGUCUCCUUCCCGUUAG